AUGUCGUCCAACAAUCUAUACAUCUCCGAGACGCCCUCGGACGUCAAGAACGCCAAAGGCCUGCACCUGAUCACGCAGAACACCCCCAAUGGCCAGGCCACGCAGAUCAUGCUCGAAGAACUCGCAGAAAAGCACGAUACAGAAUGGACCACGACAGUAAUCAACAUCUCGACAAACGAGCAGAAGAAAGAGUGGUUUCUAAGAUUAAACCCCAACGGCCGCAUCCCCACGCUCGUCGACAACUCCCAAUCCCCUCCGUUCCCUGUCAUCGAGACCUCAGCCCAGAUUCUGUACUUGAUCAAGUUCUUCGACAAGGACGAUACAUUCGGGUUCAAGGACGAACUCGAGCGCAAUGAGGCACUGCAGUGGAUGUUCUUCUGGCAUGGCGGCGGUGCCCCGUAUCAGGGACAGGUCAAUCACUUUACAAAGGCGGCGCCGGAGAAGAUUCCUUACGCCAUAAACCGAUACAAGAACGAAACCCUCCGUGUCUUCGGCGUACUCGAAAUCCGUUUGUCCGGACAAUACACCGGCGAACCAAGAGAUUAUCUUGUCGGAAGUGGAAAAGGCAAAUACAGCGUUGCGGAUAUCAAGACGUGGCCUUGGGUCAAGGGUUGGGAGCGCAGCGGCUUCACACAGGAAGACAUGAAGCCUUUUCCACACUUGCUCAAGUGGAUUGAUCGUAUUGCCGAGCGGCCGGCGGUGCAGAGAGGCAUUGGUGACAAGUAUAACCAGAAGUAA